AUGCAGAGGUCCUUCGCCUGCCUCCUGGAGCAGAGCCGGAGCUGCAGCACUGGCCUGGCUCUCAGUGCCUCCUACCUGGAGAUCUACAACGAGCAGGUCCGGGACCUGCUGAGCCCAGGGCCGCCGUGUGCUCUGCCCCUGCGGUGGAGCAAAAGCCGCGGCUUCUACGUGGAGAACCAGCUCAGCGUGGAUUUCGAGAGCCUGGAGGCCAUCACCGACCUGCUCCUGCAAGGAUGCGUUGGUGGGGCUGGGGUGAGCAGCAGGGAGCCAGAUGCCAGACCCAGGAGUUGGGACAGUGCUGUGGGCCACAGGGAAGGGGUGAUGUGGGGCCAGAGCACCACCCUCACACCACAGGUCCCCCAGCCCAGCGCCUGCCCCAGCAAGCAGGGCACGCUGUGCUUCGUGGACCUGGCCGGCAGCGAGCGGGUGAAGGAGACCGGCUCCAGUGGGGAACUCUCCGUGGAGGCCAACAACAUCAACCGGAGCCUCCUGGCACUGGGACACUGCAUCUCCCUGUUGGCCAAACCCCGAGGGAAGCGGACGCACAUCCCCUACCGGGACAGCAAGCUGACCCGGCUGCUGGCCCGCUCCCUGGGCGGCUCGGGCGUCACCCUGAUGGUUGCCUGCAUCUCCCCGUCCUCGCGCUGCCUGUCAGAGACGCUGAGCACGCUGCACUACGCCAGCCGGGCCCGGAGGGUCACCACCAGGCCCCUCGCCAACAGGAUAUCCCGGGAGAAGCUGCUGCAAACCUUGGAGGAAGAAAUCCAGGUGCUGCAGCUGGAAAACCUCUCCCUGCGCCAGCAGCUGAGCUUGUCCAGGGUGCCAACGAGGAGCAUAGAGGUCCCAGGGACCCCCCCAAGAGUGGGGGCAUGGCCGGGCUGGGGAGGCAG